UAACUGCUUCCGGGUUACUGGGUGACCUUGAGCCCUAAGGACCGGGAUGGCGGUGCUUUGGAGGCUGAGUGUUUUCUGCGGUUCCCAAGGAGCCCGAGCUCUGUUCCUCCGAACUCCAGUGAUCAGACCUGCCCAUGUCUCAGCAUUUCUCCAGGAUCGGUCUACCCCAGGAGUGCAGCACAUUCUUCUGUCCCCCAGCCACCAUUCUGCUUCCAAGGCUGCAUCUCUCCACUGGACUGGUGAGAGGGUUGUCAGUGUUUUGCUCCUGGGCCUGCUCCCAGCUGCUUAUUUGAAUCCUUGCUCCGCGAUGGACUACUCCCUGGCUGCAGCCCUCACUCUCCACAGUCACUGGGGUAUUGGACAGGUUGUUACUGACUAUGUCCAUGGGGAGACAUCACAGAAAACUGCCAAGGCAGGCCUCUUGGCACUCUCGGCUUUAACAUUUGCUGGUCUUUGUUAUUUCAACUAUCAUGAUGUGGGCAUCUGCAAAGCUGUUGCCAUGCUGUGGAAGCUCUGAGUUUUUUGACCUGAUGCCUUAAAAAAUGAUUGUACACCUCUUUGCCUCUGCUUUUUCAUGCUGUUCAGCUGACAUAAGAAAUAACAGAUACGUCCACUGGUGAGACAACAGUCUUCUCUUAGUCACAUGGUUACUUUCAGAAUCUAAUCUUUUAGGAAAAGGUUUGAGAGGAAUUAUAUUCAUAAAAGAGUGAGACUGAGUUCUGUAUUCUUGUGAGAUACUGGGAUUGUCUCCUGACUUCUCUCAAGACUCACAGUAUAACUAAACAUUAUACACAAGCUUUUGCUUUUUAACUUGCCUGUCUGUUAAUGGGAAUUCAGUUUAUUACUGUCAGCACAUUAUGAUCAAACCUCUUCCAUAUUUGUUCUGGGAAUGAUGGACAGUGGGAAAGAUUGUUAACUCAUAAAUAAAGAUAUUGCAGAAAAUUAUACUGUGUUUAAUUUUUGGAAACUUUCCUCUGUGCAGUUGAUGCCAGCUACUGGUGAUUACAUGUCCAAGGGAAACAUUUAACCUUUGAAAGUGCUGAUAUCUCACAUUACUAAUUUCUAAAUCCUAGGAGGAAGAGUUUAGGGAAUUUUUGAAUAUAGAGAAGUUCCAUUUAGAGAAGAGGUCCCCUUGUAGAUGUAUUAAAAUACUGCAGAUUCUAAACUGAGACUUGUCCUUCAAAUGUCCUUAAAUAAUCUGCCUACAAAUAUAAAACUAUGAUGUAACAAACGAUUAUUUUCUUACUUUGGGCAUUUCUAAUGUAAAAAUGUAUUCUAUGAAAAUAACAAAAAAUUGUAAAAUAAAAUGCUGUAUAAUAGAAGUGUAUUCUAGUCUUUUAUGUAUCAACUGUCCCUAGUUUUGUCCCUG